AUGCGUCAAUUUGUCAGGACGUAUUCUGUCGCCCAAGUGGUCCGCUGGGGCGCGGACAACCCUUGGCGGACGAGUUUGAGGCGGGAGAGAAGGCAAUGGCGGAAGCUCCGCGCUCAAGCCGACGACUCCACUGGAAGGGCGCAGGCAGAUGAUCGAGCUUCGGUAGCAGGGGAAGGCGCGGAAGCGACGGCGCAGGUGGCGGAGAUUUAUCGCGCGGACGAGCCUGCGGAGGCGAACAGCGCGAUGUCGACUCUCGUGACGCUCUUCCCCCUGUGGGUCGCACUCGCCUGUGCUGCCGCCCUACGCUGGCCGGCGCAUUUUGUCGUUUUCCAGGACAGCCGCUUUGUAGUUGGCGGGCUUGCGCUUACAAUGCUGGGCAUGGGGUUGACGAUCAGUGUGGAUGACUUCAAGCGCGCCGUGCUGAUGCCACGGCAGCUGCUCGCGGGCGUGCUGCUGCAGUACACGGUGAUGCCAUGUCUGGGGGCGCUCAUCGCUCGCUGUCUGCCGCCGCACCUCUCUGCCUUCGCCACCGGCAUUGUGCUCGUAGCCUGCUGCCCUGGUGGCACUGCCAGCAACAUCGUCACCUUCCUUGCACGGUCAGUCAUGUGCCCCUGCGGAAUGCUGCCACCACAUCGCUGCUUCACUGCCUGCGUGGCAACAAGCCUCAUCCCCAUGCCAACUCUCGAUGGUCAUGGAUGGCUAUUCGCUUACUCUUCCCACAUCCCUCUUCCCUGCUCCAUUCCCGUCGUCCCUCGCCGUGGCAACAGGGGCAACGUGGCUCUCUCUGUUCUCAUGACCACUUUCAGCACUCUGCUAGCCGUGGUGAUGACGCCUCUCCUGACCUCUCUGCUAGCUGGUCGUUUCGUGCCCGUCAAUGGGGCAGCUCUCUUCAUGUCCACCCUGCAGGUGGUGAUGCUGCCUGUGUUCACGGGCUGCCUGCUUGCGCGUCUCUUCCCCGCGCUGGCGCGCCACCUGGCGCUCUUCUCACCCGUGCUGGCGGUGCUGACGGUGGCGCUCAUCGUGGCGGGCGCCAUCUCGGGCUCCGCCGCCACCAUCCGAGGCGCCGCACUGCCGCUGCUGCUCUCCGUGCUCGCACUGCACGCGCUCGGCUUCGCCCUCGGCUACCUGCUGCCGCGCACUGCACUGCGCCUGGAUGAGUCCGCCAGCCGCACCAUAUCCAUAGAAGUGGGCAUGCAGAACUCAGUGCUGGGGGUGGUGCUGGCCAUGCAGCACUUCCCUGACCCGCGGGUGGCAGCGCCCUGUGCCGUCUCCUCCGUCAUGCACUCCCUCUGUGGCAGCCUCCUCGCCGCUGCCUGGCGCACCACACCCGUGCUGCCCACCAAGGAGGGUGGCGGGCUGGCACAAGCAGCCACUUGA